AUGGUGAACAAAGCGUACGUGGAGGAGGUUGAAGGAGGGAGGACGAUGUUGGAUCUGUUUCUAGAGAGUUUCUGGGAAGGAGAGGGUACUUUGCCACUUCUGGACCAUCUGAUGGUGGUGGCAGCGGAUCAGACAGCCUACGUUCGCUGCCGCUUCAGGAGGCUACACUGCUACAAGAUGGAGACAGAGGGAGUUGACUUGCAAGGAGAGAAAGUAUACAUGUCAAACGAUUUCAUUGAGAUGAUGUGGCGGAGGACUCGCUUGCUUCUAGACGUCCUCAGCCGUGGCUACCAUCUCAUUUUUACGGACACUGAUUUGAUGUGGCUAAGGAGCCCCUUCUCCCGGCUAAGCAACAACCGGACUCUUGACAUGCAGAUAAGCGUGGACAAAGGCGGAGGAGGAAACUUGAUAAACACUGGCUUUUACUACGUCCGUUCCAACAAUAGGACCAUCUCUCUUUUCCAGAAAUGGUAUGACAUGAGACUCAACUCGACAGGCAUGAAGGAACAAGACGUCCUCAAGAAGCUCCUCGACUCAGGUUUCUUCAACCAGAUCGGUCUCACUAUUGGUUUCCUCAACACCACCCACUUCAGCGGUUUCUGCCAAGAUAGCACUGAUAUGGGCGCUGUCACCACCGUCCACGCCAACUGCUGCCGUCACAUCUCUGCCAAGGUCUUUGAUCUCGCUCUUGUUCUUCGUGACUGGAGACGCUACAAAGCCUCACAUGUCAACACCAAGUGGAGCUCCCAUGCAAAAUGCCAGAGUUCAUGGAAGUAUACCCACUAUACCCCCAAAAUCUGA